AAAAGAAAGAAAAACCUCCAUACUAUAUCGCCUGUAUAACGCAGGUCCAGACUCCAAAAAGUCGUUUCUUCUUCUUCCUUUUAUCUCCUUCCAGUGGGAGGGUUCACGGACGAUGUCGGUGUUUCAGAACUUGAAAUAGAACGGAAACAAUCUUUACGGCUGCUGGCUGUUACGUUUGGGGAAAAUGUAUUGGUAGACGAAAAACAAAGUGAGAGUGAGAGAGACGCUGGUUUUGUUGAGGUAUAAAGUUAGAGAAAGAAAAAGACAAGGGGCCGGAUUGGUCUCUCAUUUUUACCAGCAAAGACUUUAGCUAGCGGCAUCAUCAGUGACCGGACAAUCGACCUCAAAGAGAUGAAGACAUGAAAAUUAAGUGCCCUUCUGUUGACUACAAUAAUAGAUGCAGAAAGACUUGGCUUGAGAUCAAAAGACACGCCAUGCAGUUUGUUUGGUAUUCUCUUAUUGGUUUAUUUUGAACUUGGGAUGUAUCAAACCCCACCCGACUCCUAGCAUUAUAAUUGACAUCACAGCAAGAGCCCUCUUUCUUCCCUGCCAGAGGGCCGUCAGAAAAUGGAGACCCAACUGUGGCUUCAAGAAAGACCAGAGCUUUGCUCAGCUCCCCAAAAACACGACUCCAACCCCGCCCAUCACAGCCUUUGGGAAUCAGAAUCAGCCCUCUCCAGCCAUCCACGGCGUAAACCGCAACCUCCAAGAACCAACCGGACCUAUUCUCUCCUCUCCGAAUGAUGGUUGCCUUAGGCUCCUCCCUAAAGGAUUUGACGAAAUCCUCAACCCCAUGCCGCAAUUAUUUAGAAACAAUUUACUGAGAACGUUCCAAGAUGCUCUCAACUAGGUUUUACCUUCAAUUGAGUCUCAGUGCUCUUUUGGCUACAGUAGUUUUAAGGGAACCCAUUCCAUGUGAUCGUAUUGGGUUCUCUAAUUGAUUGUGACACAGAUUCCAGACACUUUAUCCUCUCCCUGGCUGAAGUCAGAUUAUUUCUUAUUAACAAAGAAACAAACUAUGCAAACAGCUUCACAUUUUCAUUCGUUCUUGUGCUUCUCUAACAGAAGAAACACCAUAAAACCAGAUGGCUGGAUGAAAAUGCAAACCCCUCAUUUAAAAAAGCUUUCUAGAGAACUUCACUAUGCAGGAAGACCUCGGACACAUAAAUCUCUCAUGACUGUGCCGCUGACCAGAUUGUGUGCAAUUGCCAAUACUGAUGAUGGUUCCCCACCUGCCCCUGUGUUACAAGAAUAUACAAAUACAAACCAUGUACCCAAUUCGGAAGCAGAAACCUUUCUCGGUAAAUGGUCACCACCUAGGUAUCUGUGGAGGGGAUUGUCAGUUCUUAUCCUGGCAGGACAGGUUAUUAUCAGGACUCUGAAGGGAAAAGUCCACUGGAGGAAUACUCUACAGCAGCUGGAGAGAGUUGGGCCAAGAUCAGUGGGGGUCUGUCUUCUAACAUCUGCUUUUGUUGGGAUGGCUUUCACGAUCCAGUUUGUUAGAGAAUUCACCAGAUUGGGAUUAAACAGAUCUGUUGGUGGGGUAUUAGCUCUGGCUUUCGCAAGGGAGCUGAGUCCCGUUGUUACAUCAAUUGUUGUUGCUGGACGUAUUGGAAGUGCAUAUGCAGCAGAGUUAGGAACAAUGCAGGUUUCUGAGCAAACUGACACAUUGAGAGUUCUUGGGGCAGACCCUGUUGAUUAUCUUGUGACACCUAGGGUGAUUGCCUCCUGUAUUGCUUUACCAUUUUUGACUCUGAUGUGUUUCACACUGGGGAUGGCAUCCAGUGCCCUCUUGGCUGAUAGUGUUUAUGGGAUUAGCAUUAACAUCAUCUUAGAUUCUGCUCAAAGAGCACUUAAAUCUUGGGACAUAAUUAGUGCGAUGAUAAAGUCACAGGUUUUUGGUGCAAUUAUAUCUGUUGUGAGCUGUGCAUGGGGAGUUACCACUAUGGGAGGUGCUAAAGGUGUUGGGGAGUCUACAACUUCGGCUGUGGUUAUCUCACUUGUUGGUAUUUUUAUUGCUGACUUUGCACUCUCUUAUUGCUUCUUCCAAGGAGCUGGAGAUUCACUGAAGAAUUGCAUAUAAACAGUUUUGUUAGUGUGAGUCUGUGAGUUGUUCAUUUGGAGUUUCUCUGUUGUUAUUAGUUUUUUCAUAUUGCCUACACAUUGCAUAAGCAAAAGACGCAUUAUGUAUUAUAGUUGCUAAUUCAUGAUUUCUGGUCGUUCACAGUUUUUUGUUAA